CUCUCCACCCCCUUCACACACAAACAAACACCCAAGCAAGCACACAGAGCGUAUUUCCUGUAUCUGCCGUAUCUAUCGUCCUCUCGCUUGCGCUCUGUCAAGCUGCUUUGCUGUCACACUCAAGUAGAGCGCGGAGAAGAACCAUCGAGCUCCGAGUGACGGAUAUCCGACUUCUGCUCCCCGAAACAUCCCCCAGUCCAGCCCUGGAUUCAAUACUUAUCAUCAAUGGACAGAGCUUUCUACCCAACCAGGCGAGGUACAGACACCACGUAAACAGUCCGUACGCUGUGUUGGGAGUCCCUCCUGGAUGUUGGAGGGGGAUGGAGCGUGGUGGUACUGAGAGCCCCUGUCUGCGGGACAGUCCCGAGCAGAGAGGGGACAGCCCGGACACCUGCGCCCCCCCGCCGGGCAAGAUGAGCCGUCUGGAGGGCAACGGGAGCCCCACGGGUCCACGCACGCGCCUCGGCGGCACCCCGUUACGGCCCCUCGGAGGUCUGAUGAUCCCUGUGUACUGUGUAGUGGAGCAGGCAGAUGGGGUCGUGUCUGGGGGUGUGGUCUCUGACAGGGAUGGGCGUGGUGACAGACAUGCUGAGUUUGUAUUGGUUCGUAAGGACAUCCUCUUCACCCAGCUGGUGGAGACAGCCCUCGUGGCCCUGGGCUACUCCCACAACUCAGCCGUGCAGGCGAGAGGCAUCAUCAAAGUGGGCCGCUGGAACCCCAUGCCCAUCCACUACCUGACUGACGCCCCCGAGGCCACCGUCGCCGACAUGCUGCUGGACGUCUAUCACAUGGUUACCCUCCGCAUCCUACUGCAGAGCUUUUCCAGGCUGGAGGAUCUGCCGUCAGAGCAGUGGAACCACGCUACGGUGAGGAACGCCCUCAAAGAGCUACUGAAGGAGAUGAACCAGAGUUCCCUGGCCAAGGAGUGCCCUCUCUCUCAGAGUAUGAUCUCUGCCAUAGUCAACAGCUCAUACUAUGCCAACGUGUCCACCUCCAAGUGCCAGGAGUUUGGCCGCUGGUACAAGAAGUACAAAAGGAUUCAAGGUGAAUACCUGGAGAAGAUGUGGUCAGGACGGGAUAAACCUGAUAUUAAAGUGGAGAGGGACAGCAUGUCAGAUGUAUGUGGCCUGGGACAGCGCCCCCCCUCUCACCUGACCCCACCAACCCAGCUUGGUGGGUUACCCCUCAAGGUUGGACUAGGGGACCCCCAAACCCCCAGCCAGCAACAGGCCCUCCCCCACCUGUCUCAGCAGCACUCACCCCAUGCCCAGCACCACCACAGCCCACCACCCAGAGGCCAGGCGCCCCCUCCCGGUCCUCCGGCCUCCCUCCAACCCUUACUGGGCCCGGGCGGUCUCCUCUCCCCCCAGCUCAGCCCUCAGAUGGUCAGGCAACAACUGGCCAUGGCCCACCUCAUCAACCAGCAGCUAGCUGUUAGCCGCCUGCUAGCCCACCAGCACGGUCCGCAGGCCCUCCACCAGCAGCAGCACCAACAGUUUCUCAACCACCCACCCAUCCCGCGCUCCGGCAAAGCCCCAGGAGGCCUCACCGAUCCUGGGAUGAAUCCGUCGGCCGUGGAGGUCUGUCCGGACAUCUACCAUCAGGUCAGAGAGGAGCUGAAGAGGGCCAGCGUCUCUCAGGCUGUGUUCGCCAGGGUGGCCUUCAACCGCACACAGGGCCUGCUGUCUGAGAUCCUUCGUAAAGAGGAGGACCCUCGCCAGGCCUCCCAGUCACUCCUGGUCAACCUCAAAGCUAUGCAGAACUUCCUGAACCUCCACGAGAGCGAACGCGACCACAUUUACCAGGAGGAGCGUGAACGCAGCAUGAACCCCAACCUCAACCUAGGCAACCUGACCCCAACCAAUCAGAACUCCAGCUCCACUGGCCAGCGACUCACACAGCCCAAGCCCCCCCUGACCCAGGUCAGUGCUGAGCUGCCCCUGAGGAUGGAGUCCCUGGUCAACAUCAACAUUACCUCUGGGAUCUAUGAUGAGAUCCAGCAGGAGAUGAAGAGAGCCAAGGUGUCCCAGGCCCUGUUCGCCAAGGUGGCCGCCAACAAGAGCCAGGGCUGGCUGUGUGAGCUGCUGCGUUGGAAGGAGAACCCCAACCCAGACAACCGGACUCUGUGGGAGAACCUGUGUACCAUUAGAAGGUUCCUGACCCUGUCCCAGGCUGAGAGGGACAUGGUGUAUGAAGAGGAGUCCAAGCACCACUACAGUGAGAGGCUUCACACUGUCCUCCACAUGUCUCCAGAGACCCAGGCACUGCACAGGCAGCCCUUACCUCCAAGGAAGGCCCCAUCCCCAUCUCCCAUGCGGGACCCAUCCCCUCUCCCCACCCCCACACCUGGCCCCAGGGGCCACAACUCGGAUGGGACUGGAGGCAAGGACAACGGCAGCGUGAGUGGCGGGUCCAGAAAGCUGCGGUCGCGGACCCGGAUCUCCCUGGAGGCUCUGGCCAUCCUGCAGAGCUUCAUCGGUGACGUGGGCCUCUACCCUGACCAGGAGGCUAUCCACACCCUGUCGGCCCAGCUGGACCUUCCUAAGCACACCCUGGUCAAGUUCUUCCAGAACCAGCGCUACCACAUCAAGCACCACAACAGCACCACCCAGAUGAGCAAUGCAGGGGAGGAGAGGGACGGCGAGGGGGUGGAAGGGACUGAGUACCGCGACGGGGAGCUGCUCUCUGAGUCGGAGGGAUCAGACGUCGCCGAGUCCAGCGAGGACGGGUGGGGGGGUUCCGAGGAGACUGACAGAAUGGAGGGAAGAGGAGGAGAAAGAGAAAGAGGAGUAGGAGGAAUGGAGGGAGAGGAGGAGAAGGACAAUGGAAAAGCCUCAGGCCCCUGGCCCACCUCCUUACCCCCCUAUACAUCCCCAAAGAGUCCCAAUGACUCUGGAGAGCACCAUAGAUAACCCCCUCGGGCCAUGGAGGAGGGAACGACAGACAGACAAGCCCAGGACAGAGGGAUGGAGGGAUGACGACACAGAUAGAACAGAGGGGAGAACGUAUGGACGGAUGAGGAAAGGAUGAGGAAAGAACGUGUCUGGUACUGAAGACAUUGAGGAUGGCUUUAAGUAGAGGAGAGUCCUACCACACCACAGUGGAUGUUGGUACAGGUCAGGAUCUAUGGAGGUAGGCAGGCAGGGAUGGUGAAAAGACAACAGAGUACCUCAGAAUGAGAGAAGAGAUGCACUCUGGGUAAUGGAGUCAUAGACAAUGACAGGCUGCUGUAAGAACAUGAUUCAUUGUUUAGAAAAUGAAAAUGUUUUCAUUUAUUAAAUGGGCAUAUCCACAAGGAUGAUUAAAACCAAGGCCCCAGUUAUGAGUUUCAUCACAGAGUCUGUCGUUAUUUUCUUAGAGCAGCGCCCUGAGAUACUGUACAGGACGUGAACAGUUUGUUCUGAUUGAUUAUCCUAUGAACGUUCCCAUAAUGUCUGGGAAAUCCUUGCAUUGGCUGUGUGUAAUGCAUUCACUCUCCCUUAACAUCGACAAAUCGUUCCCAUUUCACCAACCUAGCAGCACUUAAAUCAAAACCAUAUUUAAUGUUAUUGUAAUAAUCUUAACUUUAUUGUCCUCAUUAUGGCUGUUAUUCAUAUUUUCUAUUUGAUAUCGGUGAAGAUGUGUUGCUUUCUGUGUGUGAGAUACAUUCACAAAGUGUCUCAUAGUAGGAGUGCUGAUCUCGGAUCAGUUUAGCCUUUUACAUUAUAAUGAAUAAGAUUACAUGGACAGGGGGGACCUGAUCCUAGAUCAGCACUCUGAGUUGUUUUAUGAAGACGGGCCAUCGUGAGGGAGAAGAAGACUUUCAAAUGAAGUUGUUACUGAACUGAGUGUACAUCUCCAGAUGUACUGUAUGUUGAUCAGUGAUCUGCUUACUGUUUCCAAAACAAACAGUGACCAAUAAAUGAACUUCUGAAAACAAUUGUUGCCAGGUGAAAACUAAUGUUGAAUCUCCUUUUUCAAACUGGCUACAAUCAGCAUCUGAAUGGUUAAUGAGUAAGUGUGGGUGAGGGCUAGAUUCAUGAUAUUACCCUCUUUGAGGUGAGGAAUGACAAACUGAAAUGACAUUCUCACAUAUUAGAUGGAAAUUAGUUGCAAUCUGAACAUAAUAAAUAUAAUAUUGACUUA